UUCAGGUUAUGCCAGCACCCACCGGAUCAACAAAAUCCAGUUUAUAAGAGACUAGUGCGACAAGAAAGUCAAUAGUGCAAACAAUACCCAAAAUUUUGCAAAGGGAAUGGGAAAUCACGUUGGAAACGGAUCACGCCAGGCAGAAACUUUCAAAAAAAGUAACGAGAAGUUAAUUGACAAGCUGAAGACUCUGCGCAUGGAUGUAAACAGAAGUGUUAUCAGUUUCGUUGAACGGACUACGAAUUUCCAACAGGAUUCCAAGAUUGAUGUCACUGAACCUACCAACGCACAUUCUCUCGAAAAAUUGACUCGAUUCACCUCGCACUACGUCUCAUCAGAGUGCUUCGACGGGCUUGGGAGCAUUCAAAAAAUGAUGCAGAACAUGUUCAAUAUUUGGCAAACUCUUCGAAGGAAUGCUAUGAAGUGUAACCUCGAAGUAAGACGGUUCUUCGCUGCCAUCCCCGCAAAGCUUUGUUUUUUCUACUUCUACACCGGAGAGCUGUGCACAGCAGUUGCAUGUCUCAUUGACUUUGUUGAUUUAGCAGAAAGCACAACGGCUAUGGAAGCCGCACUUCGAUGGCUGAUGUUUCUUGGUGAGACCGAACUGAUUGAGAAGAAAUUGACAAAAUGGAAAGUCGAUGAAACAUCGGAAGAUAUGAUCUCAGCAACACGAUACGCAAUCAGUUACAUGAAUCAACCGGACAGUCGCGUGGAAAUGCUCGAUAAACUAAUAAAGCUACGUAAUAAAAUCGAAAAAGAUGAUGAUAAAUCCUCUCGUCGAAAAUUUGAUUUGGCUUCGUAUAUUUUCUGGCUAUGCUCAACGCUGAGUAAUGUGCCCGUUGGAAAGUCACUAAACGAAUGUGAUUUUCCUGAUCGGUUGUCACAUAUCAAAAAUGCAGUUUGUAAAUUCGAAUCAAUAAUCUACGUUGAAGCCCCUGGUUUCCUCCCCUAUCAAUCUGGCACUUCGGUGAAUGCAUCAAUCUGGUCAAUCCUCGAGGAAAACUGGCGUGGAAAUAGCCUUGGUUAUGUGUCUAUUGGCAGCACAAUCGCUUGGUACUUUGAACUGAGACGAGAAUGGGCUCACGUUAACGUCACCACUGCUCAAACUAGUGAUUCGAUGUCAAUAAUGAUUUCAAAUCUCCGCAUUGCAUUGAAGUCAGCCUCUUUUUUUAGAAUUCUUCAGAUGACAAACACAUUAGCCUAUAAUGUGAAUUUAAUCGAAGAUUUUGACUAUGAGGACAUCGCCAAAUUAAUGAGAGGGUCUCUUAUAAACUUGCUAUCCUUGAAUACUGCAAAAGAUGGAAAUAGUACAAUGAAGGAGACAGUAAUGCAAUCAGAAGCACGUACAACGGAUACUGGAGAAUCAUAUCAAAGCGCCCCAAAGACACAAAAUACAAAUAUGAUCAUAUUGGAUGAUCAAUUGGAGGGUCCGGAUAUGCUUAACGAGAAAGUGUUCCAUGAUGUUGUCUUGUCCUGCACCUGCAAUAUUUGCGUUAUUUAUCAUUCAAGCAGCUCGUUUGCCACGGAAUACAUGAUGUCUUUCAUGAUUUACUCGAAUUUUUCACAACUAGCCAUCAAGCAUUUCAACGACGAGUUUGCACUCAUCAGAAAGCGUGAAUUACUGAGAGAAAGUCAGAUUAUGAUGCAUGGCGACAGUAGCAUACAACCGAAGCCAAACAUUAUUCAGCAUGAGAUUUUUGGAAUGUGUGUGAUUCGAUGGCUAACAAAAAACUUGGAUUCAAAGGAAUGCGCAAACGAAACCACUAUGGAAGUUUUCAAGAACGCGCUGAACAUUGUGGCAUAUUUGAAAUACCGGACGACAGAUCUUUUCUUAACAUUGAGACAGCUUGGAAGACAACUUGAAUUUCCAAUGGAAUGCAACUUUAGCUGGAUUCAGCCAAUUAUUCGGAAGCCUCGUGUUAAGCCUACAUUCGAGGGAGCUGGCAGUAUUUCUCGUGCAGUUUCUCCUAUCGGACGCCGUGCUAAACUGGUGAAGAAAGUGACAACUGAGCCUUUUGAUUCGCAACGGUUUGAAAAUAACCGACUUACUAUGCAACGAGAAAUGCAGUAUUUUGCUCAUAUUCUCUACAGAGAAUGGCGUUGUCGAAUGUACUCGUACGUCGGAAAAACAUCCAAAAGUUCUUGGGAAGCUGCUUACGGAUGGGCCGAAUCAACAAAUAUUGGGUCUCGUAAUGCUCAACAGGAACAACUGGGGAAGUGCAAAAGUGGACUGGUUACUAUUCCGGGAGUACAUCACUUCAAUUCCUGUGGUCAAAAUAUGCCAGAUGAUAUGACGCUUAUUCAGAUCGUAAUGGCUGAUGAUAAGACUAUAUACUUGGUCAAGCUGCAUGCGGAUCGUGACCCGAUUAUCAUGCCGUUGGCUCAUUAUCAUCAGGCUAUCGAAGUAAUGGAUAAAUUCACGUAUUUACUGGAAGAAGAUCGCCAGAUUGUCAGCAAUCACGAAAAAUAUAAAUUCGAAGAAUGUUGGGAUCGGCGGAAAAUCGUUGAUUGUCAAAUGAAAAAAUGCGUUGAAAAUACACAGAAGCAUUUUCUCGGUGCUGCAGCGAGUCUUCUGUUGCCUUCUGGACGUCUGGGCCCCAAUGCAACAGCGUUAGCGAUAAAAAUGUAUAACAUGGCAAAGGGUGGACUCUUACCGGGAGAAGCUAAGGAAUUGGUUUAUCAAUCCAAGUUUAUACACCCAAAAACAUGGAAAUCACUUGUUCUCCGGUACUGCGAGAUGAGAGGUAUCGAUAAUAAAUCAAAAUCGCAACUCCUUCUGUUGCGCAAGGAUGGUUUUAAUGCUAUGAAACAAGACCAAACGAUUCCCGCUUCGUCAAAAAUAUAUACACACCUUGUCAUUUGUCCUUAUUUGUCACAAUUCUGCUGGGAGCGGUUGCCAAUUUUUGCUAAAUUUCCAUAUGUGGUACGACACAUUUCAAUUCACUCGGCUUUUAGCCAGUUGGACGACAUGAGAAAUCAAAACAAACAGAUCCCGCUAAAUAUUGGUUUGGAAAACGCGUUCUACAUACUUGAUCCAGAUAACAAUUUGAACGGAACAAAGAGGCGAAUGCUGAAAUACAUUAAUAAAUUCAAUUGGGAAGGAAGUGUUGGCUCGGCACCAAAAUUGACGGAGGUUACCGACGCGUUGUCGAAGCGCGAUGCAUUUUUUUACUUUGGACAUGGCUCGGGAUCUUCUGUUGUGACACAGUCUCUUAUCAGGCAAACGACUUGCAAUGCAAUUAGUUUUUUAAUGGGCUGUGAGAGCGUUCGAACUAUUCCGCAAGCCCACGGCUUUGAUGGAACAUCUGUGAUUCAGGAUUACGCGAUGGCAAAAUGUCCAUCGCUUGUUGGAUGCUUAUGGGAUGUACAGGUUGUCGCAAAACACACUUCAAUCGGGAAUAACGGCAAGGAAAACUUACCUAUAACUACAGGCAGAAUGAUUUCUUAUUCAAAAAAACCGAAGAUAAGAGAAACUGAGCCGAAUUCUUCGAAUCUUAUCCUUGCAUCAAAUUAUAAUAAUAUCACUUCAAAGGCUUCACUGAGUCAAGAACCAAUUAAGUUGAAGGAAACAACGAAAAUUCAAAAGGAAACUGUGUCCAAGACUCCGAAGCAGAAAUCUCUAGCUUCAAAUCAAAUUCUUACCUUGCGUUCUGAAACUAUGAAUCAAGAGGUUCCCAGAAAAGCCAUAACAGAGACACGGAGCAAAGUUCAGAAGGCACCUCCGCAUCCUACAGCCUCUCAAAAUGAAGAGGAAAAAGACAAUUUGAAAAGAACAAGAAAAAGAAAACUGCUUGUUUCAACCAUUCCUAAUUUCUGCAAAGAACAUGGAGCGAAGAAACCUAGAACUACUCGACCGAGUUCUAGAUUGAUCAAAGCUUUCCACGUUGUUCAGAAAAGUUAA